CGAGUCGCUGGUCCAGCCAGUGCAAGACAUGGGCGCGCGCGCGCUUCGAGUGUUCGCAAGAGUUUAUGUGCUUUGUGCAUGCAGUAUCCGCAGAGGGCUCCCGGCAAUAGACUCGAGUGGCUUAAUUCGCACUUUAGUUAAACUGUAACCGCUCGCGCUCAUCUUUGCUCUUAGUGUGACCAAAACACCUGGACCAGCUAAAAGAAGUUGACGAAUGAUGUAGCUCGUGAUUUGUUCGUGGUGGUGUCUUAUUUGGCGCGUGCACAUCAGAACAUCGUUGACCAAGUGCCGAGGCGUUGCUCACGUGCGGUUCAGUCUUACGUAGUCGCUGCUAAUCGGUUUCGAGCGUCUAGUUUGUGCCCUCGAAAGCCCAAUUUUCGGCCAAGUGCGAGCACCGCUUCUGGAGGGAUCAGUGGUGAAGAGGCAUGGAGGUAGAGAGAAGAGCUAUGUGGUCCUAUGUCACCCACCUUGAAAGUUUGGGACUCACCCACUUAAAAGCUGCUGACUUGGCACUCGCCUUUCAAGCAGUCAGGACUGGAGCAGUGAGGCAGGUGGUCCCGUUCCCGACUAUUUGUACUCACAAUGGAAGUACACGGGUGUGCUGGAUAUUCCAGCAUCUUGCUCUCUGGAACAAGCUCCUGUGGGCCGCCAUGGCUGAGCUUCGGGAAGUGCGGCCUGGUAGGCUGGCCUUCGUGUCCCAGCACUUUCUCAGACUUGCGGAGGAAACUUGCCCUUACCAGCUGGAGUACACAUAUGCGUUGAUCCACUGCCUGCUUGCAAACCAUCGCUGUGUUGUUUCGGUCAUCGUCGACUCCGAAGUGCUGCAGGCUUACCCCGCGCUGUUCAGCGAUGCUUUGCGGCGCAGCACCUCUCUUGAGCAGCUGCAGAUUGACACUCCAGGAAUGGAGUUUGAUGAGGUGGGCGAGCUCAUCGUCGACGUGUGUGCCAACUGCCGCCUCAGGGAGUUGGUGUGCAGUGAGGGUAGGCUCCUGGGAAGUGGAAGCGAGGUACAGGCACGCUUCGCAGAAUUCUUGAAAAGGUCGACUACGCUGAGAGUGCUGAGCAUCACCAACAUAUCCCUUCAUUCCAACUGCGAGUUCGUCCUGGGCCCCCUGCAGGAGAAUUCGACGGUCACCAGGCUGACGAUUGACAGUGCAUGCAUUGAACUCGACAAUGGUGCUUCCCUGUCCAAGUUUCUCUCUGCGAACUCCGUGCUUGUGGAACUGACAGUGGUGAAGCAGACCUGGUGUGGUUCGUGCAACGUCGACCUCUUGUUCAAGAGUUUGGAAACAAACCACGUGCUUCGGAAGCUGAGCCUGCAGCGAUUCUCGUUCACCAUGGACAACACCAUCUCGAUGGCGGAUGCACUGACCGUGAACACAGCGCUUCAGGAGCUCGACAUCAGCAACAUUGAAUAUACGUUCAUACGACCUUGGCUCGGCAUGGCCGGGGAGAGCGAUUCUGUCACGAAGGCAAAGUCUAUGUGGGGGAACUUGUGGCGUGUUCAGCCGUUUGUCAAUGCUGUACGAAACAGCAUCUCUCUCCGGAGACUGUUGUUUGGACAUGUCUAUUUUCGCGACGACGAAUUGCGAAGCUUGCUUACAGCAGUGAGGGAGAGUCACUCACUUCAUCAGAUCCAGUUCUCACAAGUGACUUGCAGUGGCUUCUGCGAAUUCGUCAAGCUCGUUGAGGAGACGGACACCUUUGAUAAGGUUGCCAUCAGGCAUUGCUACUCCAAUGCCUCACUCUUUGCCGACUCCUUGCGAACAUGCGAGAGUCUUCCACUGACAGGAAGCUACAGCUUCAGGUUCCUCAACACCACACAUUUGAGGGAAAUAUGCUCCGCACUCAUACUAAACGACAGCAUUACUUCGAUUAACCUGUGUGCUGACCGACAAUUUCUGGAAAUGUUUGACGAACAGUGUGCCGAAUCAUUGGCAUCGUACGUAUCAUCGACGACCGCGCUAAAAGAGCUUCACAUUGCCAUUAGCAGCGUGGACAAAUCUGUCAACAGGAUUGUCUUGGCUGGCCUUUCGGCAAACACAACUAUUGAGAGGCUCGAAGUAUUCAGCGGUGCACUUUAUGAUAGUGAUGUGCGCAUGUUUGCCAAGUGGAUCCAGCAGAGCAAGACCCUGUACGAGCUCUCGGCGUCUUUCGUGCCGGACAAUGCAUCCGCCCUCUUCCUGUCGGAGCUGUUCAGUGGCCUCCAAGAUUGCUACACACUCACAUCCUUGACUAUCGCACGUUUCGAAUACAGUCAGGCUCACUGGCAAGUCAUACAGGACCUGCUGUCUAGAAACUCCUCGCUAACAAUGCGUGCCGUCCACUUUGCCAUGGGUUCGACACUGAAAAGGUGCGCAGCUGCGUUUGAACGUGUAUCAUGGCACCCCUUGGUGUACUACAGAUUGGCACAGACGAUGCCUUUGGACGAGGCGCGGCAGAAGCUGGAAGCAAGCAAGAAGCGACUGUUGAUGGACUUCUGGCAGUUGACUGGUGUUGUGAAGGAAGAUCUCUGCUGUCACAAGUGUAAUGAUGGCCGGCUUCAGAUAGACGAACUAAGCUUUGAUGCCUGGAUGGCUGUGCGCAAAUUUCUGAAAGUGGGCGAUGUUUUGGACGCUUCGUGCGUGUAGAAGAUUAAUGAGUUAAUGCAAAUGACCAUUCCGAGUGUGAGGAUAGCUUUUUUAAAUGACUGCAUGUGCUCAGCACACUUUGCGUGUGGUUGGUGUGAAUAUGUUCUGCGUUUUUUAGAUGGACAACUGUGUGUUCUUUGGCUAGUCACAUUGGCUUAGCAAUGUAUAGUUAUACAUGUCAAGUGGGAAGUUACCCAAGUAUAAUAAAAAGAUUUCUCAAUAAAGAAUAAAAAUAUCUUGCUCGAAAGCUGUAUAGUUAGUAGAAAAAGUCUCAUUUAAGAAUUUCUUGAGUAGAAAGAAAACUAACCAAGAUUUAUUUUGAAGUACCCGACGUUUCAAAGCCUAACGGCCCCUUCUUCGGAAACAAGAAGGCCUGAGAUGCACAACAUCUAUAUAUAUGCCUUCUUGCUGUACGUGCAAGGUUAGCCGAGACUCGUCACAAGCCCUAGCAGUAGUAGCGGGGCAAUGUUCCUGUGGUACGGCAGAUGCUUUCCCUCUGCCUGCUGUAUACGCGGAGAUUCCAGGAGGAGCCUGCUUGCUUGGUUAACCAUUUACAUGUGGCUCGCACCCAUUAUAUAGGAUUGUCCAUUAAACCUGCAGUCAAUAUGUAAGGAAACAAAGUAAAAUUUAGAUUAUUGUAAAUGAAUUAAUUGGUCGUCUAAGGAAUUAGUAUAGUACUAUAAUAUGAAGUACAAUCAAUUUGCUGAGAAGUCCAAAGAAAUAAAUUUUGAAUGAGAAUAA